UCCGGUCGGGAAGGCCCGCGGCCGCCGCCGCCAUUUCGGGCGCUGCUGUAAGGCUGAGACCCGAGCCGGUCCACUGGGCGGCGGGCGACGGGGCUGGAGAGGCGCGCGCGCGGCGGCGGCGGCGGCCCAGCGUUUGGCACCGAGGCGGCCAUGGCGGGCAACUUCGACUCGGAGGAGCGGAGUAGCUGGUACUGGGGGCGGUUGAGCCGGCAGGAGGCGGUGGCGCUGUUGCAGGGCCAGCGGCACGGGGUAUUCCUGGUGCGGGACUCGAGCACCAGCCCCGGGGACUAUGUGCUCAGCGUCUCCGAGAACUCGCGCGUCUCCCACUACAUCAUCAACAGCAGCGGCCCGCGCCCGCCGGUGCCACCGUCGCCCGCCCAGCCUCCGCCCGGGGUGAGCACCUCCAGACUCCGAAUAGGCGAUCAAGAGUUUGAUUCAUUGCCUGCUUUACUGGAAUUCUACAAAAUACACUAUUUGGACACUACAACGUUGAUAGAACCAGUUUCCAGAUCCAGGCAGGGUAGUGGAGUGAUUCUCAGGCAGGAGGAGGCAGAAUAUGUGCGAGCCCUCUUUGACUUUAAUGGGAAUGAUGAAGAAGAUCUUCCCUUUAAGAAAGGAGACAUCCUGAGAAUCCGGGAUAAGCCUGAAGAGCAGUGGUGGAAUGCAGAGGACAGCGAAGGCAAGAGGGGGAUGAUUCCAGUCCCUUACGUGGAGAAGUAUAGACCUGCCUCCGCCUCAGUAUCGGCUCUGAUUGGAGGUAACCAGGAGGGUUCCCACCCACAGCCACUGGGUGGGCCGGAGCCUGGGCCCUAUGCCCAACCCAGCGUCAACACUCCGCUCCCUAACCUCCAGAAUGGGCCCAUUUAUGCCAGGGUAAUCCAGAAGCGAGUCCCUAAUGCCUACGACAAGACAGCCUUGGCUUUGGAGGUCGGUGAGCUGGUAAAGGUUACGAAGAUUAAUGUCAGUGGUCAGUGGGAAGGGGAGUGUAAUGGCAAACGAGGUCACUUCCCAUUCACACAUGUCCGUCUGCUGGAUCAACAGAAUCCUGAUGAGGACUUCAGCUGAGUAUAGCUCAACAAACAGUUUUGCUGACAGAUGGGAACAAUCUUUUUCUUUUCUCUUCAAUUGCCAUCUAUACAAUUUUCUUACAGAUGUCAAAACAGUCUAGUUUAUAUAAGCGUUCUGUUACCUGUGAUUAUUUUUAGACUGAACUACUACAUCGCUAGUCCCAUUUACCACAUUCAGGGUACAAAACUGGAGGGCUUGUGUGUUAACUUCUGAAUUGGAAAUUUUAGGUGAUAGCCGCCAUGCCUAAAGGUAUUAGAGGGCGUAGGCAUCUUGCCUCCUUUCUCUCAGGCAGUGCGAGUCAACCUGUGGAAAACCGACGGACAGAAGAGAAGCAUUGCACACUGCUUACCCUGAAUUAUCCAAUGGCAUUGUUUUUUUUUGUUUUGUUUUGUUUUUUUGUGUGUGUUUUUUUUUGUUUUUUUUUCCGAAACCAUCCUAUCAAGUGGCAAUAGACUGUUCCCUUUCACCCUGUGAAGUAAUCAUGUACCAUGUGAAUAGUACCCAGUGGGAUUGCUUUUUCAUUUAUAGAACAUGACCGUUGUAUGACUCAUUCUGACAGUUCAAAUCCUGAGAUUUCUGAGGACACUACUAGAGGCAUUUGUCUUCCUUCCUAGUCAAUGCUUCAUACUUUUUCUUGGGAUUCUUUGAACCCUUGUCAUCCUUUUCCACAGAUAGGUUAAUUCUCCAGAAAAGUGUUUAUUUUCAUUCCAGAUGACAAGCAGGAUGUGCAGAGCACUUUAUUCAGUGCAUAGCUUUAAGCCAAUGUUGGAUUCACUGAGUGGACAGCCACACUCGCAGCUCUCUGCCUUCCCUCAGGGGGUCCGGGUAGGUUCACAGUGCUACCGCAGCUCACUAGACUCCUGACUGAUGGGAUCCAGCAGCAACGUUCGUUUCUCCCGAGUGCCAGUAUCCUAUUAGGGGAUCCUUUGGAAUUCUUAACUUCUACUUGGAGUGGAAGGACCAAUCACUUAGAAUGUUCCAUAGAAGGUUGUGGGGCCAAAUUCCGCCCUUUACUUUAUGUGCAACUUGUAUAAAAGUCAAGUUAAAAUUACAUGAGUUUGGGGAUAGGGUUAGCACUUUGAGAAAUGUUUGAAUCAAUCAUGAAUUACUUAGGUAUUAUUCAUUUCACAUUGCCAGAAUAGUGCUUGAAGUACAUUACAUUAUAAACUGCCUUCAUUUUUGGCUCUUUUUCUUUAUCUUCAAGUUUAGUUUACAAAUCCUGUUAAGUAUGGAAUGGUUUUUAUAGGGUCAGGUGCUCCAAAGAAUAGACUUCUGAGACCAAAAAUGAUCUAGGCUAUAUAGACUACAACAUGAAAUUUUCAAGGCUAGUUUCUGGUCUAGAAAGGCACUAACUGGUCUAUGGUGUGGUAUGACCAAUAGAAACACCUCAUAUUUUUCUUAGGGCCUCAUUUUAGAAAAGAAAAGUACCUUUUGAAUUCUUUUGCAUAGGUAAUGGUUAAUUUGCCUUCUUCGAUGUACACCAAAUCAUGGCCUCCCCGUGACCAGCAUAGUGCUUGGCACCGUUGGCGUGCAGAUGUUUGUGUGAGUGAAUGAGAGGUGUGCAGAAGCUCAUUGUCCAGCACAGGGAAGCCAGCUGGCACAGGACUACGUACAUUACUACAAAUAAAUUAAUGAGUUGACGCUAAUUUAAUAUAUUUUUACCUCACACUAAGGUAAUGCUUGAUAAAGACAUUAAUACUCGACUUUUUAAAAUGUUAGCGCAGUGCUAUGCACAUAGUGGGUGCUCAACGUUGAGUGAACAAAUUUGCAAUACAAGACUUAAUUCCAUCUGACAGCUUUGUUAAAUUUUCAGUUACAGCUUACAUACUGUAAAAUCCAAAUGCGCAGUAAAUCUUGUUUUCCUAAAAGUAUGACAUCUAAAAUAUUUGUAGAAAAACCUUGUCACAACUGAUUUGAAUGUUUGUAUUUUCUUUUGCCUUUGACAUUAUGAUAUUGGCUUAUAAUGUCUCUUUUCAUAUUAUGUAAUAGUGUAACAUGCAACUCUACCUAAAUCAUAAGAAUUUCUCAAUGAUGGGUUGUCUGAAGCCAUUAUAUGAACUGUCAGGUUGGAUUGGGCUGGAUGUGGACCUUAAGAAAUCAAAGGACUUAAAAGUAUCUUCCUAAAAGAAAUACUAGAAUCCUAUUCAAGUGCAUAUAUACAUUGUCACAGAGCAGAGUAAACUGAAAUUGGCUGCUAUAUUUUAUAUAAUCAUUUCUGCAAAAGCCCAAUUUUUGGAUACUAAUAUUUGACAUGGUUAAUUCUUAUUAAUUUGUUGGAAUUGUUUAUUGUUAAUAAUGCAAAUAGAUAAUUUUUAAUUAUCCUUAAGUAACAUUUCACUAUUAAUGGUUUGAAAUGGGUGAUAAACAAACAAAUUUGAAAUAAAUACGAACAUGUGCCAUUGUAUUAUAACACUAUACACUUUCUUGACAGUUAAAUUUUGAAAAAUGUUUUUUUGUAGCAUGUAUUGUAUAUGUUUAUAGUAUAUGUAGUAAAUAAAAAUAUGGCCAAAUGUUUGGCUUGGUGAUCUUUUGAAGAAAGUAAUCUUUGAAUAUUUUUCAUGAAAGAGCUAAGUCUGUUAUGCUUAGGGAAUAAUGGUUGUGCACACUGAGCCUACAGCCAUAUAAUGAUAAAUAGUUACAUACACUCUGUGGGUACUAACUGAAACUGGGAUUGUUCACUAGUGGUGGUUUAAAGGGUCUCCAGAAGUCAUAAAAUACUGACUUGAAGGGAAUGUAAGAAUGAUCAUAUAAUUGGAAGUCUGGAAUGACAUGAACAGAGAACAUCAAACUUACCUAGAAAUGGUUAUGUGUGGGUAUAAAGAAAGUAGGGAUGUGGCGGGGGAGCUUUGUAAAGUAAAUGAGAAGUUUGGAUGUUGUACAAUAGGGUUUUAGAAUGUUAGUAUAGACAUCUAGAUAUCUCCUUUUUUAUUUAAGUAGCACAUUUUUCUGGUAGAUAAUUGUAGACACAUACACAGUGUUUUAAUAUAUAUACCUAAAAUUGGCAUAACACUAUAGUUUUGUGUUGUAUGGGUGCUGAACUUUUAAAAUGAAAAGGACACUCUUUACCAGUCACUUACUCUGUGUUCCGCCUUGGACCCAAAACAUACCUACUUACUGCCAUAGACAGCAGAGUGUCCACCCGGAGUUAAAUAAAGGAACCUACUCCAAAGGGAGUUAACUUUGGCAUUCACACACAUAACUGCAAGGUGGUAAAAGAAUGUUGCGACUUUCUGUCAAAAAAUAAACUGUCAAAAUAAUGUUUUAAAAAA